CAAAACAUGCCCGCCCUCCGGGUGCGUUCCUGACAGGCAGGCCGGGCGGCCAAUAGGAAGCGGCUACGGCUUGAGCAACGUCGUCUCUGGCCACUCAACGGCCGAGCAGCGCUGGGCGUGGGCGGGACCCGCAGCGGGGCUGGGGCGGGGGGGCAGCCGAGGGGAGCUCGGUAAUGGCGACGGGUUCGUCAGAUGCUUUGGAGCAUCCUAACAUGGUGUGGGAAGUGAAGACAAAUCAAAUGCCUAAUGCAGUUCAGAAACUCCUUCUGCUAGUGGACAAGAGAACUUCAGGAAUGAACGAGUCACUGGAGUUGCUGAAGUGUAAUGAAAACCUGCCCUCUUCUCCUGGAUAUGCAUCCUGUGAUGAGCACAUGGAACUUGAUGAUCUUCCUGAAUUACAGGCUGUGCAGACAGAUUCUACCCCACCUGCACUUUUUCAGCUUGGUGCUGAUGUUUCACAUCAGGAAUGUUCAAGGCCUUCAUGGAGCCAACAUACCUCAAACAGCAAUCCAGAAAAUGCUUAUUCUUGUGAGAAUGGGGUGAACUGGUUGACAGAAUUAGCAAAUAUAGCCACAAGUCCUCAGAGUCCUUUGAUGCAGUGCGCUUUUUAUAACAGAUCAUCUCCUGUUCACAUAAUAGCUACAAGCAAAAGUUUACAUUCCUAUGCACGUCCUCCACCAGUAUCUUCAAACAAUGAUCCUAACUUCUCCAAGAAUGAUGUGGAUGAAACACCAGUCAGACACGAAAGGGCGAAUAGUGAAUCAGAAUCUGGCAUUUUCUGCAUGUCAUCACUUUCAGAUGAUGAUGAUUUAGGAUGGUGCCAUUCCUGGCCUUCAACCGUUUGGCAUUGUUUUCUAAAAGGUAAAAUAACAUGCUUUUCUGGGGGGAAGUUUUUUGAACUGUGUGUGUGUUUACAGGACUAUGGUUCCAAUGGUCUAAAGUUGAUUUCUCACGAAGAAAGUAUUUCCUGUGGUGAGUCAGUGCUGAAGCUGACUUUUGAUCCUGGCACAGUGGAGGAUGGCUUGCUUACCGUAGAAUGCAGACUCGACCAUCCAUUUUAUGUUAAAAAUAAAGGUUGGUCAUCUUUUUAUCCAAGCUUGACUGUGGUACAGCAUGGCAUUCCAUGCUGUGAAAUGCAUCUUGGAGAUCUGUGUCUACCUCCUGGACACCCUGAUGCCAUUAACUUUGAUGAUUCAGGUGUUUUUGAUACAUUUAAAAGUUACGAUUUCACACCGAUGGACUCCUCUGCAGUGUAUGUGCUCAGCAGCAUGGCCCGCCAGCGCCGCGCGUCUCUGUCCUGUGGAGGAUCAAACAAUCAGGAUGCUGAGAGAUCAGAAUGCAGUAAUAAAAACUGUGCCUCCCCUGCAUCGUCACAUCUUUCCUCCAAUCCUUUGUACAGCAAAGCUGGCAAAAGCCACAGCUCAGGGACUGCAAGUACUGUGAGUGCCACUUCUCCAAACAAGUGCAAAAGACCAAUGAAUGCCUUCAUGCUUUUUGCCAAAAAAUACAGAGUUGAAUACACUCAGAUGUAUCCAGGGAAAGACAACAGAGCCAUAAGUGUGAUACUCGGGGACAGGUGGAAGAAGAUGAAAAAUGAGGAAAGAAGGAUGUACACACUAGAAGCCAAGGCCUUGGCAGAAGAGCAGAAACGUUUAAAUCCUGACUGUUGGAAAAGAAAACGAACAAAUUCUGGCUCACAACAGCAUUAAGCCAGAAUUUUUCUGUUAACUCUGUGUUUGCAAAAUGGCUGUUGCUCAAUGGCAAGAAGAUGCAAAAGAUCAAGGUCUUACUAUUUUUUGUGACUCUGUGUGACCAUAAAAUACUGGCACCAUCAAGUCGGAAAUGAUCUGAGUGCAGAUUUGCUUUUUACAAUAGAACAUUAAGUAAGCUAAAACUAUCAGCAUUUUAAACCAAAUUGCCUUAUUUUUCUUCCAAACUUCAUAUAUGUAUCAGGUAAUAUAGGCUUGAAAAUGGAUAUCCUGUGGUGCUAAAGUACUUUAGAAAGAGGCGAAGGAGAUGUGUAUAAAUGUUUAUUUUUAAAAGAAAAUGUACAAAAAGGGGAAUUUUAAAAUAUGUAACAGCUGUUUAUAUACAUUGAUUCUUAUUGCUGAUUAAUAUGUAUUGCACAACCAUAUUAUUAAUUGCAAUUCUGGGGCCUGGGGUUUUCUGAAAUGGCAAAGUGUAUUAUCAGUCUCCAGCUUCCCAGCCUGCCCCACUGCCAGCAAGUUACCAGAACGUGUGGGAAUGGAGAGCAUGGUGUGAUGUAGCAAAGGAGCUGCUGCUUGGGAUGCCACUUAUAAAACCUGUAUCCACAAGGGAGAUAUUUUUGCAUCAGCUGGCACUAGUGAGAGCUGUCAUUUCAUGGUGGAAACAGUGGCCUGGGAGAGGAUGAAUGAAAAAAUAACGUUAUCUCAAGAAAAAUGGUGCUGUUGAUACCAUCACCAUAAUAGUUAAAACUCUGUGUUUUGUCUUUGCCACAUAUUCUACAAUAUUUUAUUUUGCCAUAAGACAUCUUUAUGGUGGGGGCAAACUUUGCACUUAACUAUACGUGCAACACUUGCACUUUACUUUUUUUUUCCUCCAACUGUCUAAAAUUAGAGCAGCUGCAUUAGGAUUACAAUUUGCUUCUGCUGUGAACUUUUACAAUCAUGGCUUUUCCUGUACUAAACAGCUGUGCGUUGUUUUUUUUUUAAGAAUCACAACUGUAAAUUUCAGUUUAUGACACGUCUACAUGAUGUUGCCCCUAAGAUUUUUGCACACUAUAUUCUUGUAUAUUAUUUCAAAUAAAUUCAUUAAAAUUU